CGGUGUAUUGUGGGAUAUGGGCUCCGGGCAGGAGGAGGAGCAGUGAUAGAACCGGGCGCCUCGUCGUUUUGCGGGUGCACCGUCAGCCGCCUGUCCUCGCUGCUGCCCGGGAGGCUGAGCUCGAUCUAGUAGCGGGGGGAGGGGUGCUCUCCUCUCUCUCUCGCCUCUGCUCCCGCCCUCUUUCUCCGCCCCACCCCCUCCAUACUCCAAGAUGGCGGAGGCUGGUGCGGAGGAGGCUCCGGCGGCGCCAGAGGACCUAGCUCCUGCCCCGGCUCCCGCUGCCGCGUCCUCGGCGGGAUUAUGGCCGGAUUUCGCAGUGGUUUGCUCUUUUCUGGAGCGGUACGGGGCCUUGUUGGAUUUGCCCGAGUUAACGUUUCCGGAGCUGGAAGAGGCACUGGAGGAGACCGGCGCAGUGUCCCGGGCGCUGGUCGAACUCCACUUGAAGCUCAUGAGGAAAAUUGGAAAGUCGGUCACAUUUGACAGAUGGGAGAAAUACCUGGUCAAGAUUUGUCAGGAUUACAACAGGACGUGGGCCUGGGAGCUGGAGAAGAAGGGGUACCAGGAGAUGAGCGUGGAGUGUAAAGUGGGGAUGCUGAAGCACUUAUGCGAGUGUCAGUUUGAUGACAAUCUAAAGUUUAGAAAUGCCAUCAAUGAAGAGGACGUUGACUCCAUGCGUGUCCAGCCCAUAGGGCGCGAUAAAGACGGCUUAAUGUACUGGUAUCAACUGGAUCAGGACCAUAACAUCCGCGUGUACAUCGAGGAGCAGGACGACCAGGACGGCUCCACCUGGAAGUGCAUAGUCAGGUCCAGAAAUGAUUUAGCACAGAUCCUGGAACUUCUGAAAGCACAAAUAGACCCUGCAUUACUGAAGAAAUCUGAACCAGAAGAAAAUUCAUCUCAAAAUUCCAAUCCAGGAGAGGAAGAUGUUAGGAAAGAAGAGGAUGGGGAAAAACCUGCACAAGACGUUGAAAUGAAUGAGAAGCCGGAUGUGGUGAACAAGCAAACGAGCGACUCUUCAACAGAGAACGUCAGCAGCUGCAAAACCGGUGGAGAAAGACCCCUGAAAACGAGCAGUGAAAUAAAAACGGAACUUUCCUCAGACACAGAAGAAGGGAAACCAACCGCCAAAGAAAAAGACUCCUUCAAGGAGAACAUCAGACCUGUGAAAUCGGAGAUUAAGGAAGAGAAGACGGAACUGAAAGACUCGAAGGAAUCCAAAGGAAGCUCAGAGAAGACCCCUUCACCCCAAGACCCUGAGCGCACUGAAGUUUCCGUCAUCGUCAAGCGUACAGAAGAACACGCAGAAAAGCCCUUGGAGGACACGGAGAGACUGAAGAAUGACCAGCAGGCGAAGAUCCCAUUGAAGAAACGGGAACUCAAGCUAACCGAAGACUUUGACAGCUCGGUUAAAGCGGCGAUCUGCAAGUCAAAAACUCCCACAAAAGAGCUGCUACAGAAGGAGGAGGGGAAGUUAGAGGACGGUACGAAAACUUCUGCUGAUGGGAAGCAACUGGUCAACGGAGAAGUGAGCAGUGAUAAAGUGCACAAAGCAAAGGUAGACCAGGCCGAGGACGGCACCGGUGCUCAGAGAGAAUCCGUUAUUGAGUGCACGAAGGAUGAGAACAGUGUUACAUCUGAGCAGAGAAAUUCAAGUGUUAUAAAGAGUUUACAAGAACUUAAGGAGAACGGCAAAGCCAAUCUCGUAGAUGGACUGGAGAAAAGUGUCAUAGACCUCAGCAACGACCGGCGUACACCUCCUGUGCAAGGAUCUUCUCUGAAAGUGUCCUCAACGCUAGAAUCAACUGAAGGGGACUCGAGGAAAAAGAGCAUAGGGCCGAAAGUGGACGAUGACAAAAAGAAACUGGACUCUGAGAAAGAAAAGCCAGCUGAGAAGACAGAUUCCAAAAAAGACGCAAGUAAAUCCGAGACCGUCAAGGAGCCUAAUAUUGUGGCUGAGACCAAGGAUGAGAAAAAAGAGUCACAGACGACAGAGCAAAGUGUGCCAGAUGAAAAAGUUGAAGAGCUUGAAGACAGUGGCAGCAAAGCGCCUGAAGCAAAGGUGAAAGAUGGAAAAGCUAAAGCCACAAAAGCAAAAUUGCCAGUAUCCAAAAAAUCUUCCACCGGGAAUUCUGCAGCCAAGAAGGAGAAACCCAGUAAAGAACCAGAGAAACCCGACAAAGAGCAGCCCGAGUCUACGGAGAAAGCCAAAACUGACGAGAAGCACUCGGACACAGUAAAGGAGAAGAAAUCAUUCCCCUUGAGGAGCAAACGUAAGACUGCUGUGAAGGAGAGCGAAGCUUCAGAGUCUAAAGGUGCAGAUGGUGAGAAACCUGAGGCGGCUGCAGAAGAGGAUCAGGAGAAAACCUCAGAGAAGCCGCCGCUGGUCUCGAGAAAUAAAAAUAAGCUGAAAGCAAUUCCAGAACAAGAGAACAGCGGCUCGGAGGGUAAGGAGAUGACGUCAGAGCGGCAGAAGGAUGGCAUAAAACUGACCAUCCGGAUCUCCAACAAGAGGAGGAUGCCGGAGCUGCCCGUGGAAAAUGUGGCCGUGGAAGACGUGGAGGAUGCAGAGAUGGAGGAAAACAUUGGAAGGAGGCUGAGGCGGUCUCCUCGGAUAUCCCGACCGUCUGUGAAGGUUGCUGAAGUUAAAGUUCGCAAACCUGAGAAGAAACAGAGCGAAGAGGAAGGAUCCCCUCCUCCUGCCAAACCAGAAAAGGAGGAGGAGGAAGAGAAGAAAUCUGAAAAAGAAGCUAGACCGAAAACAAAGAAGAAAUCCAGACCAAGGCGAAGAGCCCGCUGGACCAGCUCCCGUUCUCGGCGCAAACGUAAAUCCUCCAGCGAAGAGGAAACGGAGGAGUCCGAUAGCGAGGAGGAUUCGGAGCAGGGUUCAGAAGAGAAGGAAGAUGGCGCUCCAGGGGAGGAUGAUGAACCGUGCAAGAAAUGUAGCCUUCCCAACCACCCCGAGCUGAUUCUGCUGUGUGACUCCUGUGACAGCGGGUACCACACAGCCUGCCUCCGGCCGCCUCUGAUGAUAAUUCCUGAUGGAGAAUGGUUUUGCCCACCGUGCCAACACAAAUUACUAUGCGAGACGCUUGAGGAGCAGUUAAUGAGUCUAGAUGUCGUCCUAAAGAAGAAAGAGCGAGCGGAGAGAAGGAAAGAGCGCUUGGUUUAUGUCGGAAUCAGUAUUGAGAACAUCAUCCCUACCCAAGAAGCAGAGGAACUGGCGGAGGUACAAGAGAAGGCGGCGGAGAAGAAGAAGAAAAAGUCUAAGCCCCUGGAGCGGAGGUCGACGAGAGCCCGGAAGUUCAUCAGCUACAGGUUUGAUGAAUUCGAUGAGGCGAUCGAUGAAGCGAUAGAAGAUGACAUCAGGGAUGCAGAUGGAGGAAGCAGCGGUGGCAGAGGAAAGGACAUGGCUAACAUCACUGGCCACCGUGGCAAAGACAUAUCCACCAUCUUGGAGGGAGAAAAGGGAGAAAAGGAAGAAGGGAAGCGCCCUCAGAGGGCAGUCACACGACGCAAGAAGCGGCGACGAUUGAAUGACCUCGACAGUGAUAGCAAUCUGGAUGAAGAGGAGAGUGAGGACGAGUUCCGGAUCAGUGAAGGCUCUCAGGAUGAAUUUGUCAUAUCUGAUGAGAACGUAGAAGACAGCGAUGAAGACCAGCAGUCUAAUGACAGCGAUUUUGGUGCUCGCCGACCGCGCCGGCACUACAGCCGACCAAUGAGGCAGAGUAGGCGAAUAAAGAGGCGCAGUGUCCGGAGGAGGUACUCGGAUGAUGACGAAGAUGAUGAUGAUGAUAACUCUGAAGAUGAGAGCCAGGCAUCUGAGACUGAUAACAGCAGUGAUUACAGUGAUGACUACCUGGACACCCGGCGGAGGAGAUCGCGGAGGAACCAGAAGCGGCAGGUCAACUAUAGGGAAGACUCGGAGAGCGACGGUUCUCAGAAACGAGGAGCUCGCCACGGACGAGGGAAAGAGAUGAGACGAGUCCUUAAAAGAAAAUUUUCCAGCUCAGAAAGCAAUGAAAGCGACUCUUCUGCUGCCUCGGACAAGGAAAAGCCCCGAAACGUGCGGAAGAACCUGCUGAGGAAACGCCUCAGGAGCUCAAACGACGAACUCUCAGAUGAGGAGGAGGAAAGGCCGGUGAGAAAGCGGCUAAACCGUAUCGAGACGGACGACGAGGAUGAAGAGGAAGGCGGCGAUGCCAAAGUCUGCAGCAGCGACAAGCCGCCGGCAGAGGACAAGCCUCCAGCAGAGGAUAAGCCUCCCGCCGCCAGCGCUGUCCCGGAAGUCCCCAAGAAGCCUUGCUACCGGAUUGAGAGCGACGACGAGGAUGACUUUGAAAAUGUUACAAAAGAUGGGAGCCCGUUGGACUACAGCUUGGUGGACUUACCUUCUGCUAAUGGACAAAGCCCGGGAAAAACGAUUGAGACUUUAAUCGGGAAACCGAGCGAAAAAAGCGAAACCGCAAAGGACACUUCAGCCCCCGUCAGCCAGCCUUCCAACGGGAUGGGCGGCGGCCAGGAGGCGGCGGGAGCCGAGGAGGACGAGGAUGAACUAUUGAGAGUAACUGAUCUUGUGGAUUAUGUCUGUAACAGUGAACAGUUAUAAGAUUUCCACCUCUUCCAUUUUUGUGCUAAUUUAUUCCAUCGUAGCUCAUACCAGCCGGGCCAGUGACGAAACGCGGUUUUAAAAAAAAAAAAAGAGGAAAAAAAAAAAAAUCCGACCCUCUUCACUACAAAUUUUACCCUUUUCUAGAAGCGAACACUUGACCAGUUCUGCAGUCUUUCUGUGAAGUGACCAGUUUAUGAACUUUCUGAAAAAAAAAUUCUGUACAUUUUUUUUUUUUUUUUUUUUUUAAACCAUUUUCUCUCAUUGCAUUUGUUGUGUUCAUGGGUAAUUUCACUGACUGAAACCAUUGGGAACGACAGAGAGAGAGAGAGAAAAACGUGACGGCGACUUGUGGUACCUGGAGGGAAACGGGCGAAUAGGGCAAAGGGAGGGGGGGGGGGUGAUAUGCAUUCCAGAUGUCCCCAAAAAAUAAAAAGAAUUAUUUUUGUUUAGGGAGGAAAAUCCAAACUGAAAAAAAAAGAAGAGUGGGGGCGGGAGGGGAACGGGAAGAAGCACUUGAUGCUUUUAACUUUUUUCAUAUGAGAUAUAUAUUCUAUUUAAUUACUCAGUACUUAGGUUACGAUACAGGCAGUUAUAAAUAAUAAAAAUUACCAACUACUUUACCGUUACUUUGUGAGUCUUAGCUAUAUGGUUGGUGACCCCCCCCCCCCCCCCCCCCUCCCCAGUUUUUAUUUUUUUUGUAUACCUAGUGUAGAUAAUUCCACAGUGACCACAAGAUGUAUAUUUAACCACUUCUGUGUCAGAAGGCCCUUAUAUAACACAUGUCUCGAAAUUUGCUGCUGUCGUUUCUAAAGUUGAUCCACGAAAAAAAAAAAAAUGAAUUUUUUUAAGACAUAGAAAGAAAAAAAAAAAAAAAAAAUGUGCUGGU